CCGAGGCCCUGCCCACACGAGGACAACAGGGACCAGCAGGUUUCAUUUCAGCACCGGGGAGCUGUCCGUCUGUCCGUCCGCCCGUGGACGUGGACCCGGUCAACACCUGACGAUCAGGAUGUCUAAAGUGAAGCAGGUAGGUCUUCUAGCAGCAGGUUGUCAGCCCUGGAAUAAAGACGUCUGCGCUGCCAGUGGAGAUCGUUUCGCCUACUGUGCUACUUUAGCCAUUUACAUCUACCAGUUGGACCAGCAGUAUAAUGAGUAUAAACUCAGAUCCAUCAUGUCUGAACACAAGAAGACGAUCACAGCCAUCAGCUGGUGUUCAGAUAAUCCCGACGUGUUUGCUUCAGCGUCAGUUGAUAAUCUGCUCAUCGUGUGGAACGUGAGUGAGCAGAGAGCUGUGGCUCGCCUGGACAACACCAAAGGUGUGCCGACGUCGGUCAGCUGGUGCUGGAACUCAUCCGACGGCGUGGCGUUUGUGUCGCAGCGCGGCCCGCUGUACAUCUGGGUGUACGGGGGUUCGAAUCCCGGCCUGACGGUGCAUAAAGAAGCUCACUCCUUCCUUUCGGACAUCUGUCUCUUCAGGUGGCAUCCUUCCAAGAAGGGGAAACUGGUGUUUGGACACACGGACGGAAGUUUGUCUAUCUUCCAGCCUGGGAGUAAAAACCAGAAGCAUGUUCUGCGUCCAGAGUCGUUGGAGGGAACAGACGAGGAAGAUCCUGUCAGCGCUCUUGAGUGGGAUCCUCUGUCCACGGAUUAUUUACUAGUGUCAAACCUUAACAACGGCAUCAGGCUGGUGGACAGCGAGGCGCUAACCUGCGUCACGUCCUUCUGCUUCCCCUCGGCUGCUGCGUCCGUCCAGUGUCUGGCCUGGGUUCCCUCUGCUCCUGGAAUGUUCAUCACUGGAGGUAAAGAUAUCCGGUCAGAGAGAGGAAUGUUAUUUAUUGAUUCAAAGGUGAAUAAGUUGUGUGUGCGGUCAGACUCUCAGGUGGGGGUGCUGCGGGUGUGGAACGUUUCUCGCUCGACUCCUCUCGACAGCUUCAAACUGAAAAAGAACGGCUUCCAUGCUCUGCAUGUGCUCAGUUCGCCUCUGUCCAAGAAAGCUCAGAACUCGUCUCCCAGUAAGAGUCAGUACACCAGCUCCACCAGUGAGGCCGUGCCUCCGCCCACUCUGUCUCAGAACCGCUCCUUCUCCCUCCCCCCGGGUCACGCCGUGUGCUGCUUCAUGGACGGAGGGGUGGGACUCUACGACAUGGGCGCCAAAAAGUGGGACUUCCUGCGUGACCUGGGACAUGUCGAAACCAUCUUUGACUGCAAGUUUAAGCCGGACGACCCCAACCUGCUGGCCACGGCCAGCUUUGACGGAACCAUCAAGAUCUGGGACACAAACACUCUUACGGCGGUCAACACGUCGCCUGGCAACGAGGGCGUGGUCUACUCUCUGUCCUGGGCUCCAGGAGACCUGAACUGCAUCGCAGGAGCGACGUCUCGGAACGGCGCCUUCAUCUGGGACAUCAGGAAAGGAAAGAUCAUCACUCGCUUCAAUGAGCACGGCAAGAAUGGAAUAUUCUGUAUAUCGUGGAGCCACAAAGAUUCCAAGAGGAUCGCCACAUGCAGCGGAGACGGAUUCUGCAUCAUUCGCACUGUUGAUGGAAAGAUUCUGCACAAGUACAAACAUCCUGCUGCUGUGUUCGGCUGUGACUGGAGCCAGAACAACAAGGAUAUGAUAGCGACGGGCUGUGAGGACAAAAGUGUCCGUGUGUAUUACUUGGCCACGAGCUCUGAUCAGCCUCUGAAGGUCUUCAGUGGACACUUAGCUAAAGUGUUCCACGUCCGCUGGUCUCCACUCAGAGAGGGGAUCCUGUGUUCAGGGUCAGACGACGGCACUGUCCGUAUAUGGGACUACACCCAGGACGCCUGCAUCAAUGUCCUCAGUGGACACACAGCUCCAGUCAGAGGUUUGAUGUGGAACACUGAGGUUCCUUAUCUCCUCAUCUCAGGUUCUUGGGAUUAUUCGAUCAGAGUGUGGGACACGAGGGAUGGCACAUGUCUGGACACGGCCUUUGACCACGGAGCUGAUGUCUACGGUCUGACGUGUCACCACAGUCGUCCCUUCACCAUGGCGUCCUGCAGCAGAGACAGCACAGUGAGACUGUGGUCACUCACUCCUCUCAUCGCUCCUCUGCUGCUCAACAUCCUCACUGAGCAGCCGUGGGAGAAGAUCAUCGGAAACACAGACACGGCCAUGGUUCCUGGAUCUCCUCCUCUGCUCUGUGGUAAAGUGUCUCGAGACGUCAAACAGGAGCUGGAUAAACUCAGCGCUGACAUCAGGGCCAAGAGGCUACGCUGGUUCUCAGAGUGCUUCUCGCCACCAGGGGGCAGCAGCAACCUGUGGGACCUGGUGUCCGUCAUUAACGGGCAGGACGACUCACUGCUGCCCUCCAGCUACAGUAAAGGAGUGAUGCACAUGAAGCACCUGCUCAAAUUUAAAACGUCGGAGGCUCAGGAGCUGACCAUCGUGAAGAUGUGUAAGUUUGGAGGAGGAAUAGGAACUCCGAGCAAAGAGGAGCGACUGAAGGAAGCAGCAGACAUUCACCUGAGACUGGGACAGAUUCAACGCUACUGUGAACUCAUGGUGGAGCUGGGACAGUGGGAAAAAGCUCUGUCUGUGGCUCCAGGUGUUUCCAUGAAGUACUGGAAGAAGCUCAUGCAGAGGAGAGCCGAUCAGCUGAUGGCUGAAGACAACGACGACGCCAUCCCAAACUGUAUCGCUACAGGAGACAUAAAGAAACUGGUCACGUUCUUCAGUGGCAGAGGACAACUGCUGGAGGCCUUACUCAUCGCACAGGGAGCGUGUGAAGGAAACAUACGUGAACCUCAAAGUUCUUCUGUCAACCACAUGACAUAUGAUGUGGAGAACAUACAACAGUACCAGAGUUUGCUUCACAAGGUGUGUCAGGAACUGGCAGAGUGCUACUUCCAGGACGGACGCUCCGUGUUAGCUGCAUGUUGUCACCUUGCUGUGGACAACAUCCAGCUGGCCAUGUGUAGUUUGAUCCGGGGAAACGAGCUGGAGUUGGCGGCGUGUGUCGGCAUCGUCCUCGGUGAAGCUGCCAAUCAGAACACGGCGUACUGUCUCCAACUGUUAGCCAGGAAGUACAUGGCCACGCCCACAUGGGAACUGUCAGCUGAGCUCCUUCACAUGAUCCCUGACAAUCGCGUGUUUCUGGCUGAACUGUGUGCGUUUUACCCGGGGACGUCUGCAGAGAUCCAGCAGUUACACGACAGAUGUGGACUCCCAUCCUCAGACGAGUGUUCGUCUUUGGCAGAAUCAGCGACGUGUGACGGAGAUUUGUUCUCGGCCGUUAAAUAUCACCUGCUUGGCCCCGAGCCCGAGCUUGCGCUGCAGGUCGGGAUCAAUCACGUCAAAGAGCAACUAAGUGGAUCUGAUUGGACGGUGGACAAAGUACAGCCGAUCUUGGACCUGAUGAGUUACAUCAGGACGGAUCGUCUCAUGAUGAACAAGAUGACACAAGCUCGCAGUGAGCUGUUGAUCUUGUGUGGUUAUGUCGGAGGUUUGCUCGCCAUCAGACGUCAGUACUCCAGCAUCGUCCCUGCGCUCUAUGAAUACACCAGUCAGCUGUUGAAGCGCAGGGAGGUGUGUGUUCCUCUGAAGAUCGAGCAGCUGAGUGUGGAGCUCGACGCCUGGAGAGCGUGUACACAACACAACAACAACAAGUACACAACACAACAACAACCACUUUAUACACAACAACAAGUACCACUUUAUACACAACACAACAACAACAAUCCUCCAUCAGAGAGUCAGAGAGACGAGUUCAACUGUCUACAGAGAAGAAUUCAGUCGUCAGACUCUGCGUCGUCAGUGCUGAGUGGAGCUGAUUAUGUGACCGGCUCAAAUCUGCCGAGUCACUCUGACGUCCAACUGUCCUGCUUCACUGGACAGAGGAUACAGGGUCCAGUUUUUUUGUUGGAAGACGGAAAAUCUGCGAUUUCCCUGAAUGACGCGCUGAUGUGGGCUAAAGUGAACCCGUUCUCUCCGCUCGGAACCGGAGUCCGCAUCAACCCCUUCUAACACACACACACACACAGACAGGAAGUACAAAAUGCCAGAGAAUAAAAUUUAUACAUAGAAAAUUUUAUGUCAAAUGAAUUAAAUUAAACAUGAUUAAAUUUAAUAUUUAAAGUGUUUAUUGUCAUUUGCACAGUAAAGAAACACAACAAAAAUCUUACUUUGCUCAAAAAACAAACGAUACCAGCAAAAAAGUAAACAAAAGAAAUAGUAUUAAAAAUAGUAUAUAAAUAUAUAAAGACAAAUAAUAAAUAUUAAAUAAAAAGAAUUAUGUCAACGCACAAAGAUGAUUAAUUACCAAAUCGUCACACUGUUAAAAUAAUCGCCAUUAAAACGACAUAAAAGUAAUUUUUUGUCGAAAUCAUCUCCCCAUAACGCCGGCCACCUAUGGUAAAAUCGCCUACAUCCUCAGUUGAUCAGAUCAUGUGAUUUUACCCCUUUAAGAUAAUGGCCUAUGUCAAGUGUGUGACUGAAGCAGAUUUGUUUUUUGUGUUUUCAUACGACCUUUAGAAGACGGACAUCAACAGACGACACAUUUGUGAUUCUAUGAGGAAGAUUCCGGAAGAUUCCGGAACUUUAACGUUAGCGUAGCCGUUCAUAUGGCGAGAAUGUAGUCAAUGCAGUCAUCGGCCUUCAAAUGUCGCAAUGGGACAGGGGGCGGGGUUUGUGGCUCAUUUUGUUUGAUUUUCCUCAAACACACACACAGGGUAAUUUUAUCUCAUGUUGUAAAACAAAAUAUGAAUGAAUGAAUAAAAUAAAACUGCUUCAUA